AUAAAAGCAAAGGUUGGAGUAGAGUAUAUACUAAAUAUGGUUAAUCCCAUGAACAAGAUGAGUCUAUUUUUGUAUACAAGUAAGCAUGUAUUUUCCUCCAUGGUAAAAAAACCAUAUUUUUACGAACAGAGAGAACCCUUGUACGGUUGUCUAAGUUGCAAUGGUUCACUCUCCGAGGCCUUAUACGAAAUGGCGAAACAAGGCCUCCAAGUGAAAUUCAAGGAAUAUGAUACUGUGUUAAACGAAUGUAUAAACCAAAGGGCUAUAAGAGAAGGUCAAAGGGUACAUGCGCACAUGAUCAAAUCUCACUAUCAACCUCCAGUGUACCUCAGGACAAGGCUUAUCGUUUUCUACAUAAAAUGUGGCCUUUUAGGUGAUGCUAGGUGGGUGUUCGAUGAAAUGCCUCAAAGGAAUGUUGUUUCUUGGACUGCCCUUAUUUCUGGCUAUUCUCAAACUGGGCAUAUAUCUGAAGCUAUCCAUCUUUUUCUUCAGAUGUUGACAUCAGGUACUGCGCCAAAUGAGUUCACUUUUGCAACAGUGCUUACAUCAUGUACUAGUGCCAUUGGGUUUCAGUUUGGGAGACAAAUCCACUGUCUCUUAGUAAAGAGCCCUUUUGAAUCACAUGUAUAUGUGGGAAGCUCACUCCUUGAUAUGUAUGCCAAAGCUGGCAAAGUUCAUGAAGCUCGAUAUGUUUUCGAAAACUUGCCAGAAAGAGAUGUUGUCUCUUGCACUGCUAUAAUUUCAGGCUACGCUCAACAGGGACUAUAUGAAGAGGCACUAGAUCUAUUUCGCAAGUUCCAGGUAGAGAGAAUGUCUUUCAACUAUGUUACAUAUACUAGUGUAUUAACAGCCUUAUCAGGACUUGCUGCAGUUGAAGAAGGUCGCCAACUGCAUGCCCGUAUUAUUCGAUUGGAACUGCCCUUCUAUGCGGUUCUUCAUAAUUCUCUCAUUGAUAUGUACUCCAAGUGUGGAAAAUUCACUUAUUCAAGGAUGAUAUUUAAUCAAAUGUCCGAAAGAACUGUGAGCUCAUGGAAUGCUAUGCUUAUUGGUUACAGUAAACAUGGGAUGGGAAAGGAGGUAGUUGAUCUCUUCGAAAUGAUGAGAGAAGAAGACAAAAUUAAGCCUGAUGAGAUAACUCUUUUAGCUGUGUUAUCUAGUUGCAGUCAUGGAGGAAUGGAGGAUAAAGGUGUAGAGAUUUUUAACGAUUUAUGUAGUGGAAAAGAAAGGGUUGAGGUUAGCAUUGAGCACUGUGGUUGUGUGGUUGAUUUGCUAAGUCGAUCUGGCCAAGUAGAAAGAGCCUUUCAGUUCAUCAAAGAGAUGCCUUUUGAACCAACUGCUGCAAUUCUGGGUUCACUUUUAGGUGCUUGCUGGGCUCACCUGUAUGUUGAUAUUGGUGAAAUUGUAGCCAGAAGCCUUUUGGAGAUAGAGCCAGAAAAUGCUGGAACUUGUGUAAUUCUUUCAAACAUGUAUGCAUCGGCAGGAAGGUGGGAGGAUGCUAGAAGAGUAAGAGAGUUGAUAAAUGCAAGGGCCAUGGUAAAGGAAUCUGGAAAAAGCUGGAUUGGUCCUGAUUUUAUCCAUGAAACAGAAAAAGAUAUUGCAAAAACAUAAUGGAAUGGGGGCUUAUAUUCCUCACCAGUAACCAGUAUGGAUGAGCAGCGAGAAAAGAAAACGCUGCUCCAUUGUUCCCAAGGUCGAGCGGUGAUUUAUUCACAUGGAAACUAAUUGGUAAAGUCUUGCUCCAAAAGGGAAUAAAACUUGAAAUUGCUUCUUGUAUAUAAUGGGGGUAGAGUUUUCUGAUGGAGCAACUCACAGGUUUUCUUCUAAUUGUGAAGUGAUCAGGUCUUCAAAGUGUUUGAUUAUCAUUGAUUGAAGAUGGUAACAUCAGACAGAUCAUGGUUAGCCAAAGCAGGUUGUUUGGUUUCAGUGUGCACAUUUUCACAAACAUUAUUGAGCUUCUACUCUGCAAAAUGGUAACAGAAUACAAGUAGAAACACUUUCAACAAGCAAAAGAUUUGGUGGCUCAAAUAAAUGGAGACCGACCUUCCAUGCAAUGUUUGGAAAACUUUACUAUACGGGAUAAAGAUCCAUUCAACUAAUGUUAAGGAUGGCCUCAUUGAUUGAUUGGGAACUUUAAUUUUAACUAAUAUAGAUCAUGUGAGCAUCAUGAAAUCCAGUAUCUGCCCCACACCAAAAAGAGGUGGAAUCACCGGCCAAAGUGACCCAAAACAUGCUAGCGUAUAUAGGGGUU